GCUGCUUCGUGGAAACAUGAAGCGUUGGCUCUCUGGAUGAACAUUUAAAAUCUUGCUGCUCAUGAGUGGGAAAGUGAGAGGCAUUUCAGAGGACAUGGAUCGACAGAUUGUACAGGCGGUAUGCGAUGAGGACACAAUGUCGUCUACCUCGGUGGGAAUGUCAGAUCUGUCCGAUGAGAUCCUGCUGUGCAUCCUCCGCCAUGUUCCAGUGUGUGACCUGCUGCUGAAUGUGGCCAACGUCUGCCACAAAUUACAGACACUGUGCCAUGAUAAGACCCUGCUCACACACGUCAGCCUGUCUGAGGAGUAUCUGGCUGAUGAUGUUAUGGUUCAGCAGAUAUUGAAGCAGCUAGCCAAUCGCGUGCAGUCUCUGAGCCUGAACGGUUGCUACUGGCUGUCUGGCUCGACCAUGGAUCAUCUUGCUCGCUGCAGGGCAGUGACGCACCUCGAUGUCACCGGCUGUCGCCUCACUUCCAUUCGUCUGUCCCGUCUCCUCUCCUCCCUCUCUUUACUCAGAUCACUUGCUUUUGAUGUGACACCGGGCUUCAACUCUGCUCAGCUUAGUUCAGAGGCAGUGGGUUCACUGAGCCGCCUGUCAGAGCUCAGACAGACACUGCUGACACCAAGUUAUGGUGUGGUGCCGUGCUGCGCCCAACUCCGCAAGCUGAUGCUACAGUUUGACAUCCCAGAUGUGACCAGAGAGGGUGUCGGUGUUUGCUGUCAGUUAAUGGUCGGUCAAAGCAGUGUGCCACAUUACCAGCAGCUGGAGGAGUUCACUGCGAGGCUGGCUCCAGGAGAGGUAAACCAGACCUUGCUCCUUCUCUACCUGGCAGUGUUCAGUGUUCAUGUUCCAAAGCGUCUCAGAGUUUUCCUCAUCUCGAUUCCUGGUCCAAACCCUGCUCACUGGCCCGCUGCCCCCUCACUGGCCCAGAGCUUGGGUCAACGAGGUGACCUGGAGGCCCUGCAGCUGCCUCGGUCCUGGCUGGACUCCUUGUCACUGAAGAGAGCUCUGGAGGGAAACAGUCCGAAGCACCUCAGCUUCAGCCGCUGCCCGGCGUUGUGGCCACAGGUGUUCCAGUCGCUGCUGGAGGGAGGACUCAGAGAUGCUACACAGCUGACUAGCCUGAACCUCAGCGGGAUCAACCAGGUCCUUUACUCAGAGUGUAGGAAUGUGGAAGAUCACCUGGAUCCUGGGAGAAUAAGCCAGUUGGCAGUUGGCUGCUUCAACAUUAAACACCUAAACCUGAUGCACACACACUAUCAUCAUGAACACUCACCUGGGCUAGGUGGGGAAACACACCUGUGUGCCAGCUUGGUCAAAUUCAGACACCUGCGCUCUCUCACUCUGCCUGCCUGCACUCUGUCAGACGGCUUAAACACACAUCACAUCUCCACAAACAACACGUCUCCCUCUCAGUUGUUCCUGGGGCUAAAGAAAGUUCCACGUGUGGGGCUCCAGAUUUACAAGCCCGAUUCAGAGUCUUUGUCAAGGGACAGCACCUCAGGGCUCGCUCAGCUCCUAGCUGGCUGCUCUUUUUUAGAGACCCUAGAGCUCAUUGGCCCAGGUUUUGUCUCUACGCUGCCUCGGCUUGAGCCCUGCACUCGUGCCAGCGUGGAGCCUCGUGGUAUGUGUGCGUGGGCUCGAGGAGUUGGCGAUACGCAUUUGGCCGCACUUGAGGCUCUGCCUCGAUUACGUCGCCUGACUCUGGCUGGGCUUCCUGGGGUCUUAAAGGGAACAGGGCUGGUACAGCUGGCCAGGCAGUGCAGAGACCUACAGGUUUUGUCCAUUGCCAACAUGGGAUCACUAAAAACCAUGAACUACACCCCUGCCUUGCUGGAGACGUUGAAACAGUGCACACAGCUGCAGGAACUCAGGUUAGAGCAGCCCUACCUGAAUGCCAACGCGUCAUUCUUUGAGGCGCUGUCCUCCUGCUCUCGUCUGCAACGUCUCUGCCUCAUCUCACGUAGCGGCACCUUUGACCCGUCAGCCACAGAAGCCUUCAUGGAGCGAUGCUGUCAUGUCAUCAUGUGCCACAUGUUCAUGGGCGGCACCUUGGUGGCUUGCCGCACACUGCAGAAAGCUCUGCUGGACAAAUUUUCAGUGGAGCGCUCAGCUCUGAGUGUGGUCAUCUAUCCGUUACAACAUGAAGACCUGCCUUCAGUCAUCAGAGAUAUCCCACUAACACUGCUGGAUCGGAUAACUUUGUUCCAGAGCCAUGUGGCCCAACCACCACAUUUAUCCCCAUUGUGACAUGACCAGAAAACUUCAGUGUGAUUGGUGCUCCACAGCUGAGGUACACAGACUGUUUUUUUUCUGCAGGAAAAGAAAAUCACAAAUGAAAGAGACUGAUUGUCAUCU